UGGAGCGAGAAAUUUCUGAUUCUUCUUGAUCCAUCUUUGAUUCAGAGGAAAAGAAGAAGAAAACAAAUCAGAACGGGAAGAAACCCUAGGCUCUGCCCCCCUGAUUGAACGUAUUUCGAUCUGCAGAUCUGUGCCGAAUUGGCUCUGCGAAGGAGGUGCGGAUCUUUGAAUCUUACUGACCUUAAUAGUCUUUCAAGCCAUGGCGUGCAUAAAGGGCGUCAAUAGAUCGGCGACCCUCGCCUUCUCCCGUGACUCACCUUACCUUGCGGCUGGGACAAUGGCCGAGGCUGUAGAUCUGUCAUUUAGUUCGUCUGCCAAUCUUGAAAUCUUCAAGCUUGAUUUCCAGUCUGAAGAUCGUGAGUUACCUGUUGUUGGUGAGUGUCCCAGUAGUGAACGAUUCCAUCGACUUUCAUGGGGUAAGACUGGAUCAGGAACUGAAGAAUUAUCCCUUGGGCUGAUUGCUGGAGGCCUUGCCGAUGGUAGUAUUAAUAUUUGGAAUCCAAAGACUCUAAUCAGUUCAGAGGAAAUUGAAGGUGCACUCAUUGGACAUCUUACUCAGCAUACAGGACCUGUUCGUGGUCUGGAGUUUGGUAGUAUCUCAACAAAUCUACUAGCUUCUGGGGCUGAUGAAGGUGAAAUCUGCAUCUGGGAUCUAGCUAAUCCAGCAGAACCCACUCACUUCCCACCUCUCAAGAGUGUUGGAUCUGGUGCGCAAGGUGAAAUAUCUUACUUAUCAUGGAAUCACAAGGUUCAGCCUAUAUUAGCGUCCACUUCAUAUAAUGGAACGACAGUGGUUUGGGAUUUAAGGCGGCAGAAAUCAGUGAUAAAUUUGUCAGAUGCAAAUAGGAGGCGUGCUUCUGUAUUACAGUGGAAUCCUGAUUUUGCAACCCAGCUCAUUGUUGCAUCUGAUGAUGAUAAUUCUCCUUCUUUAAGACUUUGGGACAUGCGGAACGCAAUGUCACCUUUGAAAGAGUUUGUGGGCCACACUCGAGGUGUAAUUGCCAUGUCAUGGUGUCCUAGUGACAGCGCCUACUUGCUCACUUGUGCCAAAGAUAAUCGAACUAUCUGCUGGGACACAUCUACGGGAGAGAUUGUCUGCGAGUUGCCGGCCGGCACCAACUGGAAUUUUGAUAUUCACUGGUACCCAAAGAUACCAGGAGUCAUAUCAGCUUCAUCAUUUGAUGGAAAAAUUGGCAUCUACAAUAUUGAGGCUUGCAGCAAAUAUGCUGCUGGAGAGGGUGUGUUUGGCACGGUGCCCUUGAGAGCUCCAAAGUGGUUGAAACGUCCAGUAGGAGCUUCUUUUGGUUUUGGUGGCAAGCUUGUUUCAUUCAACCCUACUUCAUCACUUACUGGUGCUCCAGCUGGAAAUUCUCAGGUUUAUGUGCAUAACUUGGUUACUGAACUCAGUUUGGUGAGCCGCUCGACUGAAUUUGAAGCUGCAGUACAAAAUGGGGAAAAAUCUUCCUUGCGGCUUUUAUGUGAAAAAAAGUCUCAAGAGUCUAAAUCUGGGGAUGAUAGAGAAACAUGGGGCUUCUUGAAGGUUAUGUUUGAAGAUGAAGGGACUGCAAGGACAAAGCUACUCACCCACCUAGGAUUCACUGCACACACACAGGAAAAUGAUAAUGCGCAGAAAGAGCCUUCCCAGGAAAUAAGUGCGCUCAGUCUUAAUGAGGGAGAAAAUAAAACAGGAUUUUCUGGAGAUAAAGAACUGAGCUUAUCACCCACUGAUUAUGGGGAGGAUUUCUUUAACAAUCUUCAAAGCCCUAAAGCAGAUCCAUCUCUUUCACCUUCAGCUAGUAACUUUGAGGGUGAUGGUGGUGCUGUGACUAAUGGUGAGCAACUGCAACAAGAAUUGGAUGGAACUGGAUUAGGUGCUGAUUCUUCAUUGGAAGAUAGCAUUCAACGUGCUUUGGUUGUUGGAGACUAUAAGGGAGCUGUUGCACUGUGCAUAUCUGCAAAUAAAAUGGCUGAUGCUUUAGUUAUUGCUCAUGUGGGUGGUGCUGCUUUGUGGGAGAGUACACGUGAUCAAUACCUAAAAAAGAGUCACUCAUCUUACUUGAAGGUUGUGUCUGCAAUGGUGAGCAAUGAUCUAUUGAGCCUUGUGAGCACCAGGCCUUUGACUGCCUGGAAAGAAACACUUGCUCUUCUUUGCACUUUUGCCCAGAGGGAUGAGUGGACUCAGCUCUGUGACACUCUUGCUUCAAGACUAAUGCUUGUGGGAAACACAUUAGCUGCAACUCUCUGCUAUGUCUGUGCUGGAAAUAUUAACAAAACAGUGGAAAUUUGGUCACAGAAUUUGAAGGUUGAGCAUGAAGGAAGACCCUAUGUUGACCUUCUCCAGGAUUUGAUGGAGAAGACUAUUAUCCUUGCUUUGGCAACUGGACAGAAGCAAUUUAGUGCAGCUCUGUCCAAGCUUGUGGAGAAUUAUGCUGAACUACUAGCAAGUCAAGGGCUUCUAACAACAGCAAUGGAAUAUUUAAAACUUUUGGGGUCCGAAGAUUUAUCUCAUGAGCUUUCUAUCCUGCGAGAUCGUAUAGCUCUCUCCGCAGAAGAGAAAGAAGUACCCAGAAGUCUGCCUUUCAACAAUUCUCAAUUGCAAUCUGAAUCUGUAUAUGCCACUGAUCAACGUGGGUAUAGUGCAGUUGAUGGAUCUCAACAGUAUUACCAGGAAAAACCACAAUCACAAAUACAGCAAGGCAUUCCUGGUAGUCCAUAUGGUGAAAACUAUCAACAACAUUUUGGUACUUCAUAUGUGGGAGGAUAUGCGACUCCUGCACCUUAUCAACCUUCACCAUCCCCCCAGAUAUUUCUCCCGUCACAAGUACCUCAGUCUCCACAGGCAAACUAUGCUCCACCUCCUGUCACUACUCAGCCUGCAGUGAGGCCAUUCAUUCCUUCUACUCCUCCCGUGCUGAGAAAUGUGGAGCAAUAUCAGCAACCUACAUUGGGCUCUCAGCUAUAUCCUGGUGUUAAUAAUCCCAUAUAUCAACCUGGAACUGCUUCUGUUGGUUCCAUUCCAUCUCAAGUGGGACCUGUUCCUGGCCAUAAUAUGCCUCACGUUAUGGCACCCACACCCCCACCUAGGGGUUUUACGCCAGUGAAUAAUUCAGGGUUUGCUCCGAGGCCCGGAAUGGGUCCAAUGCAGCCAUCUAGUGCUGCUCAGCCAGCUCAGAUACAACCAGCCACGACUCCUGCAGCACCACCUCCUACAGUGCAGACGGUUGAUACUUCAAAUGUACCUGCCCAGCAGAGACCGGUUAUUACAACGUUGACACGACUUUUCAAUGAGACUUCAGAAGCGCUUGGUGGUUCCCGUGCAAAUCCGGCUAAAAAGCGUGAAAUAGAGGAUAAUUCAAGGAAAAUUGGUGCCUUAUUUGCAAAACUUAAUAGUGGAGAUAUUUCUAAGAAUGCGGGUGAUAAGCUUAUCCAGCUUUGCCAGGCUUUGGAUGCUGGUGAUUUUGGUACUGCUUUGCAAAUCCAGGUGCUUCUUACAACGAGUGAGUGGGAUGAAUGCAACUUCUGGCUUGCAACUCUGAAGCGAAUGAUUAAAACAAGGCAGAAUGUGAGGUCAAGUUAGAAGGUAGAAACUCCUCCAAACAGCUGUGCGGUCCCUGUUCUGCAAUUUUUUCAGUCCAGGAGUGUAGUUUUGCAGCACUGAUCAUAUUCAUGUACACAUGAUUCGACUUUCUAAAUAGCAAUUGCAGGUUUUUGGUUUUC